AUGACUUCUCCUUUCGCCUCGUAUCCCGCACCAGAACGCACUUUUAUCCAGGCAAGUGUUCCUGGAACUCCAUUAGCACGAGGAGGUGCCCCAGCAGCUAGAGGAACAGCCUCCAAGCGCGGACGUAAACCGAAGGCCGCGGGCAUGGCGGGAAGCACCAUGGGUGGCGCUGCUGAACAAGCCCAGCAGCAGCCAGCGCAAUCCGCGUUGGGCUCGGAGACCGGGGGCGUGAUCAGCCUCACGGAUGUCAGUCCUGGCGGCACUGCGACUGCAGUGGACACGACACUGCCGCGUCCGGUCGGGGUGGGUGCGCCUGGCGAGGAGGACGGCGAGGGUGAGGAUGAGAUGUUGCCUGCGAUGGCCGAGGACGACUACUCUGCACAGGCAUCAUUCCAGAGUCAAUCGAAGGACAACCUGAAGUAUGCCAUGUACCGUUAUUUACUCGCAUUUGAUAAUCUAAUCGAAUUCUAUGUUCCAGAGUCCUCAUGGACAAUUUCAGUCAUGGGCAGUACGACCGAUUUGAAGCGUAUCGUCGACAUGCUCUACCUAAACAGGCUGUUCGCAAGGUUCGAGACCUUCCAUUCUGCAGAGGCGUUGAUAGUAUUUCUUACCCGGGAUCAGGUCAUUCAACAAACACUCGGACAACAAGUCUCACAGCCUGUCGCUCAAAUUGUGGCUGGCUUCGCCAAGGUGUUCGUUGGCGAGAUGGUGGAAAAGGGUUCGCAUCUCUCUUUGGCCGUUGGCUGGCUUCUCACGGGAAAUCUUGUAACAGCGCGAGCGGUGCAGGAUCGACGAGGGGAAGCCGGGCCGCUCUCGCCAGACCAUCUGCGAGAGGCCUACAGGGCGUAUCAGCAAGAAACAGGGCGCGUCGGUGCAGCACGGCCGUUGAGGGGCAAACGGCUGUUUGUGCGGUAA